ACAGAACCAGUGGAGGCUGAGGAUCCCAACACUUAUCGAGAAGCAAUUACCAGUAAAGAAUCUCCUUAUUAGCUUACUACCAUGACAGAGGAGAUUGAGUCUCUACAUAAGAACCAGACAUGGAAGCUUGUGAAGCCACCAAAGGGACAAAGAAUUGUUGGAUGCAAAUGGGUCUUCAGGAGAAAAGAAGGAAUCCCAAGGGUAGAGACACCAGAUUCAAGGCUAGAUUGGUUGUGAAGGGUUUCAUACAACGAGAGGGUAUUGAUUUCCAUGAGGUAUUCUCUCCUGUGGUAAAACACAGCUCUAUUCAUGUUUUACUUGCCAUGGUUACUUUAUAUGAUCUUGAGUUGGAGCAGCUUGAUGUAAAGACUACUUUCUUACAUAAUGAGUUGGAGGAACGAAUUUAUAUGUCUCAGCCAGAGGGAUUCAUAGUUUUAGGAAAAGAAGAUCAUGUUUGUUUGCUCCAGAAAUCCUUAUAUUAAGAACAAACAAAUUAAUCAAUUAUAAGGUCAUCG